UCUUUUCUCCGCGAAGAGCAAUGCGAUCUUCGUUCGGCACGCUUGAAGAUGGCGCUCAAGUAAACACAUUUUAUCGGUAUUUGGGUGAUUUUAGUUUUCGCGCUAUAUACCUGUUGUGUUGAAACACAUCUUCCUGAUAUAACUCCCGAUAAGUUUUUAAGAAAAAAAGUUGGAGAAUCGCUUAGGAUGCGGAAAAUGGUUGAUACGAGAGAAUCGAUCGAAUGUGUUGCGACAACACUGAACGUAGUCAGCGGACUCGCGGAACGUGGACGAAAGUGAGAAAAGUUAGAUUUUCCGUAGGAGCGAGAGCGAGCGCAAUCGCGCCAGCCAGAGAGUGGAUGAAUGGAAGUGGUGGGCGGUUAGACAGUGGGCAGACGGCGCGCGAGUAAGAGAGAGCGAGCGCGUGUGACUUCCCUCAACGAGGAAAUGUCGUCGGCACUCAUGCCGCGACGGUGAAGUUAACGAUCACAGCGAAACAUGUCCAGUCCGAUAAUCAGUCGCGCGCAGACAGCCGACGACGGUGCUCGAACAGAUGUACAGGUAAUCUGUGCGAUCUGCAACAAAACUGACAAGCUGCUUAGGUGCUCACGCUGCAAGGCCGUGUUUUACUGCACGAAGGAGCAUCAGAGACGCGACUGGAAACGUCACAGAGAGUUUUGCGCGACUCAUCCCGCGGAAGAGCCCCUCUCCGCUGCGAACAAGAAUUUCAAUCGCCAAAUCCCAUCCAACAAACACAAUCCCUCGCCCGGCAAUCGCAGAACUCCGAGCGCGCCAGUUUCUAACCUGACCGAGCACCCCAACGUCUUGGAUGCAUCGGACGUCGCUAUUGAACCGAACAAUCGGAAAGCGAAGCAUUUCACAGAGUCUAUCACACAAGGAGAGAACAAAUCAAAACAAGAGCAAAAAAAGAAUCACAAUCUUAAGAAAAAAACAACAAACAGCGGGAAAACCAGAAAUUCACACAACACAGCCGAUGAGUGGACCUUGCCAAUAACGUACGAAGGUAGUUCGGAAGAUACUAUAUUAGAAGCUAAUGCCGAGCUUCUAAAUCCCUCCUUGGAAAGCUCGAAAAUUUUGUACAGUUUGAACGACACCGAUCUUGGCUUGUCCACUCAUAACGACAUGAAAAACUUAGCGGUGCCAAGAUUAGGCCAGGAAGAAGAAUUUUCACCUCCGUUUCUACAUAGAAAUAAUCUCGAAGAGUUUAUAAACAAAAUUUGCCAAUAUGUGAUAAGAGACAUGAACGAGUACGGUGUAUGUGUGGUGGACAAGUUUUUAGGCAAGGAGAAGGGUCUUGCGGUGCUAAAUGAGGUUUUAGACAUGUACAGUGCGGGUUUAUUUAAGGAUGGACAAUUGGUUUCUAAUAAAGCUAGUGCAAAUGAUCUAAAAACAAUUCGUGGUGAUCAAAUAAUAUGGCUGGAUGGCAAGGAACAACAGUGUCAAAACAUUGGCAUGUUAAUAUCGCAAGUGGAUGCCAUCAUCAUGCGAGCUAACAAAAUGCACAACAAUGGGAAAAUAGGAAACUAUACGAUCACCGGAAGAACAAAAGCAAUGGUGGCUUGUUAUCCUGGUCAUGGUUCGCACUACGUGAAACACGUAGACAAUCCUAAUCAAGAUGGACGUUGUAUCACAGCCAUUUACUAUCUUAAUUGCGACUGGGAUGUAAAGGAAAAUGGUGGACUUCUGAGGAUAUUUCCCGAAGGAUGGCAGGAUCAAGUGGCGGAUAUCGAACCUCUAUUCGACAGAAUAUUAUUUUUCUGGUCUGACAGACGGAAUCCGCACGAGGUACAACCGGCGUAUAAAACGAGAUACGCCAUUACGCUCUGGUAUUUUGACGCCGAAGAAAGAAAUCAAGCUUGCCGAAGGUAUCAAAAAGAAAGAGGAAUUGAAUAGCGUACGAAGAAACUUACUGACAAACAUGCGUGCUUUAUAAGGAAGUGCAAUAGAUGUAAGAGCGUACUAUUAUUUUUUUCCUCUUUACAGAUGGCACUGUAAUAUAUGUGAUGAGUUGAUGUGUGUAAUUGUUGCAAUUCACUCAUAUGUAUAUUUGUUCCUUUCUAUUUCUGAGAUUCUAUACGUUUGCACUUUGUAAGCUGAAUAAUUAAGAUACGUCAAGAGUCAUUGCUUCCUACUUCUACCACCACUACCAUUUGAAAAAAAAAAGAAAACUUGCAAUUCUGUCGACUUUACCUUUCGUUAUGUAAAACAAAAAAACAAAAAAAAAAAAAA